AGCGGAUAAUAAAACCGGCGACAUCGAAGGGUCGGAACAGCGAGUUCGUCGAGGGUACGGCGGACCUCGUCGAGCGCAAAUACUUGGUUGGCAGAGGGCUGAAAGGUGUGCGGAGGGAAACAUUUCUUUCCCAAAAAUUGUUUCAGGAGCCUCUCGCCGGCGGUGUCCGGAGCUUCGCUCCAUCCCCCGGGUCGUCGGAAAUGUUAUACCGGACGAAAAAGCGUCCCGGAAACAAGUCAAUCCGGUCUCAUACGAUGACUAGUUGUCGGCUUUGAGAAUAAAAAAAAAGCGAGUAAAGACGGGGUCCGAGACGACGAAGACACACUGACAAUAAUUUCACGCAGAGAAAGAAUCAUAACAAUAUCGAUAAUAAUAGAGAUAAAGGCAACGAUAAGAUACGAGAGUAAUAAUUUCCGAAUCGUUACAUUUUGCAAAAUGUCAGAAAUCGACGCGGCACCGCCACCGGAAGUACCGGACAACCCUGAGAGCCGGGUAACGGUUACUCCCUCGACAUCAUCGUCAUCACCGUCGUCUUCGAUAGCUUCGACGGCGCCGACGCCACCGCCUCUACCACCUGUUCCACCGGUCAACACCAUCAACGGCGUAAUCGGGGCGGAUAACAAUCACGGACUCGCAGCGGCCAUUGGGCCCUUGAAUAAUAACAAUAUGAACAGGGCGAGGAACAACAAUAAUCAAAAUCCACUAUUCAAUGUUCGGGACAGGCUAUUUCAUGCCCUCUUCAUCAAGGCUGCCCUUGCCUACGCCAGAGCCUUUCCAAGACCCAUUCGACGAUUUAUCGAAUUUAUCGUUCUGCUCAAGGCGAUAACGUCAUUUUUCGUGCUGGCUUACAUCCAUAUAGUAUUCUCCCGAGCACCAACCAACUGUUUGGAACACAUAAGAGACGACUGGCCUCGAGAUGGUAUUCUCAGAGUCGAGAUCCUCAGAAGUGGCGCUGAGGAUUAUACCAUAGAAAAGAGUUACGCCAAGGAGGAGAAAUUGAGGCAGGAAAAGGUCGACGACCUCGCUAGUGUGUUAGGAAUUUUAGCUAGAGAUGGAUCAUUUCUGAACAUCGAACCUUCGACUGUCGAGGAAGACGCGCAGACAAAUGCUGAGACGGAGAGUGAGAACGUUGUUAAGAAUUUCACGCAAACGGAAGACAACGUCGAGAUUGGAAGUCUGUCGGUUACUGGCGAUGUGCAAAGCCCGAAUUUAAGUACAACGAACGCGACGAUAAGCCCACCAUUAUCAACCAAGCUGUGGGACGGUCCAAGUAGUGCGGAACCGCUCGAGACAGGCUCAGAAGUGGUGGACAAAACGACGAUACCUCCUACGCACUCUUACGACAAUGUUACCGAGGAUCAAUCGAACGAUGAAACAAAUGCCGAUCACAUCAUUCAGCCGUUGAAAGGACAGGUUUCCGAAGUGGAGAAGAUAGUCAGAGCAGUUUUUCCAGAAGACGAAUACAUUGUGGAAUACUCGUUGGAAUACGGAUUCCUGAGAUUAUCACCGGCUGCACGACAGAGGCUUAACAUUCCGGUGAAAAUAGUCACCCUUGAUCCGUCGAACGAGAAAUGCUUUGGGGACGCCUUUUCCCGCCUUAUUCUUGACGAAUUCUUAGGAUACGAUGACUUGCUGAUGGCCAGUAUAAAGACUCUAGCUGAACACGAAGACAACAAGGGUUAUUUGAGAAACGUCGUGACUGGAGAACACUAUCGCUUCGUAAGCAUGUGGAUGGCUAGGACGUCUUAUCUUGCCGCAUUUUUCAUCAUGCUUGUCUUCACUGUCUCCAUCUCAAUGCUCCUUCGAUACUCCCAUCACCAGAUUUUCAUCUUCAUAGUGGAUCUCCUCCAGAUGCUCGAAUUCAACGUGACGGUGUCGUUCCCUGCAGCACCAUUGCUCACAGUUAUCUUGGCCCUUGUUGGAAUGGAGGCAAUCAUGUCCGAGUUCUUCAACGACACGACGACUGCCUUCUACAUAAUCCUAAUAGUGUGGAUAGCUGAUCAGUACGACGCCAUUUGCUGUCACACAACCGUAACAAAACGUCAUUGGCUGCGAUUCUUCUAUCUCUACCACUUCUCGUUCUACGCAUAUCACUACCGCUUCAACGGACAGUACAGCAGCCUCGCUCUGGUUACGUCUUGGCUUUUUAUACAGCAUUCGAUGAUGUACUUCUUCCACCACUACGAACUGCCGGUGAUUCUACAGCAGGCGCAGCUCCACCAGUUGCUCUUACGAAAUCACGGACAGCCCGUUCAACCCCCGACGCCGAGCACCGCGCCGACGACACCCGGCCCGUCGCCGACGGCGAGUCCGUCGCCAAGUCCCACCCCUGAGGGAACAACGCCCGCAGAAACGGAGCAGCAACAAACGCAACGCAACUACGUUUCCGAGCUUUCGCAACUGGACCCUGAGCCUCCCUCAGGGCCCCAAGACGAGACACUUACAAGGCGGAGAACCUCGGAGGAAGGGGUCCAUGCAUGUAUCCUUGCAGAUGUUACAGUCGAGUCGGUUCAUCAAACGCGAGGACCGUCCCUAGAGAAUGGCGGUGGUGAGCCUAGCGCAGAAUCAUCGACUUUGGGAAAACCAGACGCCGCCGCGACCUCUGGCGGCGACUGCUCAACGUCGGAGGAAUUCGAGGUUAUUGAAGCCGCCGCAGAGUCGCCGCAGAAAGACGAAACCGCAUUGUCGUCGUCGCAAGGUUCGACCGUGACGACCGAUCAGCAGAGCAGCGGAACAUCCCACGAUGCUUGAAUCAUCAACUCGCUGUAAUUUCCCUUCAUUAGGAAAGAUAAAAUGCAGAGGAAUGGAAAAUGGAAUUCACCUGACCGACUUGUGCGUCCCUAUUUCGAAGGUUGUAUCAAUUACGGAACGUUGGUAAACGUCUUGAUGCUCCACGUUCCGCAAGAUAAUCAAGAGGCUCAUUGUUAAUUUUCAUUCAGUGUAAAGGUCGAAGAAGAUGUAAAGAGUUUUUAAAGAGAUUAGACAUCAAAGACGGCAUUUUUUUGUUUACAGUAGGUAUACACAUUUUUUAUUUUUUCCUCUUAUUAUCGUAUGGAACUUGAUUAAAGUUGCGCAUCUAUAUCUUGCAAUCAACUUCAGGUUAACUAUCCGUUACACCAUAGAUGAUCUUUGGUUUUGAUCUCGAAUAAUUUCGAUAACCUAUCUCGGCCAAUCGCAGAGUGUCGAUGCGAUCAUCGUAGGCAAAAUAUUGUACAGAAAACUUUGACAAAUGGCUUACAUAAGUAUCAAGUAUAAUGAAAAUAAUAAAAUCAACAAUAACAACAAGAAUAAUAGUAAUAAUAAUAGUAAGAAUGAUAAUGUCAUCACGAUAAUGGUGAUGAAGAAUUGGAGUAAUGUUGAUAAUGAUGAUAGAUAAAUAAAUGAAAUAGUGACUAUAAAUUAUUAAUAUUAAUUAAUGUCAAUACUUACGAUGAUGAAUAGUUAACGAUGAAAAUAAUGGUAAUAAUAAGUCUUAUUAUAAUAUAUUGGUAUAAUGAGUAUACAGAUUUACACAAUGCAAUUCAAUCUGAGAUUUACGUAGGUAUACUGCACCUUUUCCUUGGUGAUAAAUCAUUCGAUUUUGAACUUUUCUAUGUCAAAUAUUGACCAACAAAUUGGUCGAUCAAAAUAUAAUUCAAACUUUUUGAAUUUCAAUCAAUUUAACCUGUCUUAUUUUUAUUUCUUAAAACUUCUUUUGAUCAAAUAAUUAUAUUAGCUAAAAAUAAAAUGAAACAGCACGCAAAUUUCCAGAAGUUAGUCAGCGUCUACUUGUUUGUAGGCAAAGGUGAAUUGGGCACAGCUUUGUAAUCAUCAUUUCUUCAUCAACACCCUAUUAAUUUUUUACGUUCAAAUCCCUCCCCCCCCCCCUGCCCCUCAUUGUAUCUUUAUCCAUGUAAUAUAUUAUGUAUAAGUUACACCUUUAGACUUAUAUAAAAAUGAAUAUAUGAUAUAUUGAGAGAAAUUAGCGAGACGUGGGCGUGAAAAGAGAGUGAGAAUCAGUGAGUGACCGAAUCGUUUCUCUCCACGCAUCAAUCUGCGGGCUGAUCGUGCAACGCAAUGGAUCAAACCCUAAUCGGUACUACCUAGAUAUUAUUUGUGAUACGUUUACCACUUACGAUUAGGAGAUACAUAUUUAGUAAGUAUAUAUAGGUAUGUAACAUGUAUGUAACACGUGUAUGAAUUCUCAUGUCGAAAAAUCCCUCGCGUCGCCAUGCGUUGUUAAUCUCUACGGAAAUUGAGAUGAGGAAUACUGAACUACGUGAAAAUCCCGUCAUUCGGAUAAUAUGUCAACUAUGGGUACUUAUGUUGUAUGUAUGUAUGUAUGUAUGUAUGUAUGUAUGUAUAUUUAUUGUUUAUCGCCUUGGCUAUAGUGACGAUAAUGGCGACGUGACGAGUGAGAAUCUACAAGAGGAAUCAAGUUUUGGGCUUGAAUAAUUUCCUCGGCCGUCCCUCCGUACAGUCAUUCCAAUUAUGAGCUGCACCUACCUAAGUACGCUUUUGAAAGAGGUGUAAAAUUUUUACUGCAUUCGCUAAGUUUUCCUCAAAAGACGGUCGCGACGUAGGCGAGGUGAAGCAAAAAAUUAUUGGUGACAGCGCGGAGGGACGACGACGGGAAAUUAUAGUAAAUUUUUAAAAACCCACAGCCCUGAAUAUCCUCUGUACCAUAAUAUUUGCCCGGUAUUUGUUAUAUUGGUUUCGAAAGCUGUUUGGUUGUACAUAAAUUAUUAUAUAGUAUACAAUAAACGCAAAGCUUUUAAUACCC